UCGAGGCAGCACUUACAACCGGGCGCAAAUUGAGGCUCAGGAUUGAGACAUUGGCAUCAAGUUUGCCUCGAUUCCCUUACUAGAAUCCUCAAAAAGUCACCGGAUACAUCUCCAGUAGGACAACAAUGCCAGCAGAAACGCGCCAGGUACGUCUGACUGUCAUCGCGGCUGAUGGUCUGUACAAGAAAGAUCUAUUCAAGCUCCCAGACCCAUUUGCCGUGGUGACAGUCGAUGGCGAGCAAACGCACACAACUACAGUCAUAAAAAAGACAUUGAACCCAUAUUGGAACGAAAGCUUUGAUGUCCAAGUCAAAAACCAAAGUGUCAUUGCAGUUCAAGUAUUUGAUCAGAAAAAAUUCAAAAAGAAGGGACAAGGCCAAGGCUUUCUUGGCGUUGUUAACGUUCAAGUCGGCAAUGUAUUUGAUGUUAGCAUUGGUGGAGACGAAAUGCUGACACUGGACUUGAAGAAAUCCAAUAGCAACGAUGUCAUCAGCGGAAAAUUGAUAUUUAAUCUUUCUACUAAUGUCAAUGCACCUAUACGCAAUGGAACGAAUACUUUAGCACCCAAUGCUUCUAAUCGUGCCUCCAUGAAUGCCUCCAGCACCUCACUCGCCCCACCACAACAGCGCAAUAGUGUUCAGUCUUCAUCCGCUCCGCCAUCCUCACUCCCCUUGACUACCUCUCUUGCCAACCAAGUUCCAGCUGGACAACCAUCUGCUUCUUCUACCUCUCAUAGUGCUCAGACGGAUCUUCCUCCAGGAUGGGAACGUCGAACUGAUCAUUUGGGUCGGCCAUACUAUGUGGACCACAACACACGAACCACGACAUGGAAUCGCCCAGAAGUUGGAACAAGUCAGUCACAGAGAACGCAAGAGCAACAAGUUCAAACAGAAAUGGAAAGACAGCGUCACAAUGCACGUAUGCUUCCUGAAGAUCGCCCAAGCGCCAAUGCUAGUUCUACUUCAUUAGAAUCCCCUCCAGCAGCUCCAGCGGUUAGCACGCCCCAAGCGCCGCAAGGCAAUGGUCCUGCUGCUAAUGGUAUCUUGCCAUUAAACAACAACGCAACCACAGCUGGAAAUGGACCGCUGCCAUCCGGAUGGGAAAUGAGAACUACUGCUGAAGGCAGACCCUACUUUGUUGAUCACACCACACGCACAACUACCUGGGUUGAUCCACGCCGACAGCAAUAUAUCAGAACUCUUGGUCCUGGCCAAAGCAAUCAAGUCCAAGUUCAACCUGUCUCGCAACUUGGCCCAUUGCCUUCUGGUUGGGAAAUGAGACUUACUAGCACUGCAAGAGUGUACUUUGUAGAUCAUAACACGAAAACGACCACUUGGGAUGAUCCACGUCUUCCUAGCAGUCUCGAUCAAAAUGUACCACAAUACAAGCGAGAUUUCCGUCGUAAAUUGAUUUAUUUCAGAUCACAGCCUGCACUUCGACCCGUUCCUGGACAAUGUCACAUCAAAGUUAGACGAGAUCGUAUUUUCGAAGAUGCUUACGCUGAAGUUAUGCGUCAAGCUCCGGCUGAUUUGAAGAAACGUCUUAUGAUUAAGUUUGAUGGAGAAGAUGGUUUGGAUUACGGUGGUUUGUCAAGAGAAUUCUUCUUCUUGUUAUCUCAUGAAAUGUUCAAUCCAUUCUACUGUCUAUUUGAGUACUCAGCUCACGACAAUUAUACAUUGCAAAUCAAUCCCCACUCUGGUAUCAAUCCUGAGCAUUUGAACUACUUCCGAUUCAUCGGUCGCGUGGUUGGAUUGGCCAUUUUCCAUCGCCGCUUCUUGGAUGCUUUCUUCAUUGUCUCUUUCUACAAGAUGAUGAUUGGAAAGAAGGUUGCCGUUGCUGAUAUGGAGAGUGUUGAUGCGGAUUUCCAUCGAAGUUUAAUGUGGAUGCUUGAGAACGACAUCACCGAUGUUCUCGACCUCACUUUCUCUACUGAUGACGAUCGAUUUGGCGAAGUUGUGACCGUGGACUUGAUACCAAACGGCCAAAACAUCGACGUUACAGAGGAAAACAAGAAGGAAUACGUAAAUCUCAUCACAGAAUGGCGUAUCUCCAAGAGAGUGGAGGAGCAAUUCAAGGCAUUCAAGGAGGGAUUCAAUCAACUUAUUCCCCAAGACCUUAUCAAUGUUUUCGACGAAAGAGAACUGGAGUUGCUCAUGGGCGGUAUUGCUGAGAUUGAUGUGGACGAUUGGAAGAAACACACAGACUAUCGCGGAUACACUGAAAACGACGAAGUCGUGCAGUGGUUCUGGAAGUGCGUAAGGUCUUGGGAUGGAGAAAAGAAGUCUCGUCUUUUGCAAUUUACAACUGGCACAUCGCGUAUCCCAGUCAAUGGAUUCAAGGAUCUCCAGGGUAGUGAUGGGCCUCGUCGUUUCACUAUAGAAAAGGCUGGAGAAGUGACUCAACUUCCUAAAGCACAUACCUGUUUCAAUCGCAUUGAUAUGCCACCAUAUAAGUCCUAUGAAGCCCUCGUUGCUAAACUCACUCUUGCUGUUGAAGAAACAAUGGGAUUCGGACAAGAAUAGAACAAACAAAGCUUCUGCUGUUCUUCUUUAUCAUUAAUUCCUUUUGAUUGCUAUCAGACACUUCUUUAACAGUACUCUACUUUAACCCUUUUUCUAUUUUCCCUCAUGCUAUCUUCUAAUGCUGUGACCUCUUUUCAUACUUUGUCCCGUCAAGCGG